AUGAAUGCCAAGAUUUUCAUUGCUGUCACCAUAACAAUUAGCGCAUGCGCAACUAUCGUGACAUUAUUUGUUGUUGUCGCAUUGUUUAAUGAUAUGAAUGCACUAUAUGAAGAUGUCAUGGACGAACUCCAUGAUUUUAAGGUGAUAGUUGAUGAUGCAUGGUAUACCAUUCGUUUACUGCAUACUUAUCCGUCCGGUAAAGCGCAAAUUACACCAAGCUAUGCUAAAUUAUUUGAUCGUCAUAAACGACAACUUGAUUCGGAAGGUUGCAAAUGCGGUCCUUCUGCGAACGAUUGUCUGCAAGGACCACCUGGACCACGAGGUGAUGAAGGUUGGAAGGGUUAUGAUGGGAUACCAGGAGAGGAUGGCCAUAAUGGUAUACCAGGCAUUAUUAUCAUGACCAGCCAUGGAAUAUCUACCGAUUGCAUUCAUUGUCCACCUGGUCCACCAGGACGACCCGGACUUCCCGGUUCUCCUGGUGAUAGCGGGCCAAUGGGACGCAACGGUAGUGCUGGACCACCGGGAAAAACAGGUGCGCCAGGUAGACGAGGAGAUGCAGGACAGUUUGGACCAGCUGGUGUUCUUGGAAAAUCAGGGGAACCCGGCCCACCAGGACGAGAUGGUACAUAUGAAAGAGGUGUAAUGGGCCAAAAAGGUCCAAGUGGACAACGUGGUUUAUCUGGUCCUCCAGGUAGGAAUGGUAGUGACGGCCCUCAUGGUUCUCCUGGUAAACCUGGUUUGCCAGGAAAUUUUGGUACUCCUGGACACAAGGGCAAAGAUGGACGUCCAGGAACGGUUGGAUCACCUGGAUUACCUGGUCCAGAUGCUCACUACUGUCCAUGUCCAUUGCCAACCUUAUCGUUACUACUACUAUCCAAAAAGGUAUAA